AUGAUGGAGGUUUCUUUAUCGAGACCGGCACAUGAAAAGAUCCCCACAAUGAUUUCUGUCCAAAAAGUCUCGUGGUUGAUAUCGACAAGCAAGGCAUCGAAAACUGUGAAUGUGUUCGAGGAAGAUUAUGACAAAAUUUUCCGGCGAGCUUUGAGGGAUAUUUUUCGUGGGGUUUGUAGCCUUACCCAAGAGGAGCACAAUGGUGGUGUCGGAAUCGCGAAAGGUGGCAUAAGUUGGCUGGAAAAUGGAUGGAAAGUGGCAAGAUGGUGGUGGUGGCGCCUAAAUUUACAGCAACAGAUUGGACCAGAUUUUGGUUGGUUUGUAGAGCUCAGAAAAUGGGAGAGAAUGGCGGUGGUUUCACAAAAUUACGACCGGCGGUUUGAUGGGAAAUUGUGUUUUAGUGAUGGAGAUGGAGGUUGUUUUAAUGGAGUUUAG